AGUUGCAAGAUGGCGAUUUGGUGAAUGUUAUUGGUUAGUAGAAAGUUUCUAAAUAGUAAUGGAAAUGUUGAGCUGUAGUAAAUGUCUUGUCAAUUAUGAAGUAGUGCUAUUUAGUGAAAAUUUUGUGUUCCAUGGAUAGAUAAAGUGAGAAAACUCUAUAGGUGUGUGUGUUUGAAAAGUAAGCUAAAUUUUAAAAUAGUGUUUGCUGCUUGUUUUGCUGAUCCAGAUGAAAAUUCUCUGUACAAUCGUCGACUAGCUUGAAUCUGAUUUGCUCAUAAUGACGUUUUUCCAUUUAUCACCGUUUAAUUCAAUAUAAUGAACUCAUCGGUUAGUUCCAAGCGUUUCUACGAAUGAUAUCAAUUUAGUGUUUCAAAAAACUAGGGAGUUCUAGUUCGGUUUGUGCUAUUGAGUUUCAAAUGAGAGUGAGAGUUGUAUCAAUCAAUUUACCAUCAAAAGAGACAACGUCUGAGAGAAAAUUAUUUUUGUUCAAGUUUUGCCAACCUACGAUCUAAUUAACCAUUAAUUAUUGAUCCGCCGUUGCGAAAUUGCCUAAAUCAACUAGAAUAAUCUGAAAUAUUGUGUGUGAUAGCUUCAAUUGAUUUUGGCGUAACAUACAUGAUUUGGGUAACUGAAUACCCUCUGUGUGAAUGGUACUAUUGAUCAUUGUUUCACACAUUUGAGCCCGGCAACUAAGUAAUCACCUAUUGCUUAACGUUCUCGUUUAUUACUGCAUUAUACAUUUUUUCGGUCAACUAAAUAGUUAUCCCCUGAGUAAACGGUUCUGUGAACAGUGUAGGUGGUUAUUGUGUAACACUGGGCCCGGCACCUCCUGUUUGACCGGUAUCUUUUAUUACUGUGUUGUCAUCGAAAUAGUUGUCAUCGGUGUGAACGGUAUCAUAGUUCGCUGUUUAACACAUUUUUGUCGGGCAACUAAAAAAUCGGCGAGUUUGUAAACGGCGCCAUCUAAAUGUGUGCUGCACAAAGGAUGCGUUUACGUGUGAAACGGUAAUGUUGCGCGACAGUGGGUACAGUGAGGAGCAGGGGGGCUCAUGCGGCGGAGGGGCCCUGAAACUCCCUCCGAUGGCAGCCGACGACCUCCGGGAGGCUUCCCUCGGCGAGGAUCCUCCUUCGAACCGCGACUCGCGGGUGACGGGACCCUCGUGCCUCGCGCUGCGUCAUGCUGUUUCCGGGUUGCAUCGGCUGGACGACUUCAAUCGCGAGAAAAUCGGCUCAGGAUUCUUCUCUGAGGUCUUCAAGGUUACUCACCGAGUGACAGGGCAAGUGAUGGUGUUGAAGAUGAACCUCCUGCGCUCCAAUCGACCCAACAUGCUCAAAGAGGUCCAGCUCAUGAACCAGCUCUGUCACGCCAAUGUACUGGGGUUUAUGGGUGCUUGUGUCCAUGAGGGUCAACUACAUGCAUUGACUGAGUAUAUCAAUGGAGGGAGUUUGGAGCAGUUGAUUCAGAUGACGUCGGUUGAACUGAGCUACAGGGUGCGCGAGAAGCUGGCACUGGACAUAGCACGGGGCAUGGAGUACCUCCAUUCCAGGGACGUCUUCCACAGGGACCUCACUUCCAAGAAUGUACUGAUCAAAAAGAAUGAAGUGACCGGUGAGCUAACAGCUGUAGUUGGCGAUUUCGGGUUGGCUGCUAAAAUACCCAGGUCGGGUGGCUACCGUCUGCACACCGUCGGCUCCCCGUACUGGAUGUCGCCCGAAUGUCUGAAGGGCGAGUGGUACGACAACAGCUCAGACAUCUUCAGCUACGGCAUCAUCCUGUGCGAGCUGAUCGCGCGAUGCGAGGCUGACCCUGAUGUCUUACCGAGAACUGAGAACUUUGGCCUCGACUACCUCGCUUUUGUCGAACUGUGUUCGGAUCCGCCCGCUGAUUUCCUCAAGCUUGCCUUUUCUUGCUGCAAUUACGAACCAAAGAGCCGUCCCUCGUUCGCCGACAUCGUUCGACUGCUGGAGCGGUCACUGGAGCAACCAGUGGUGGCCACCCCCAGCCCUGUCACACUCGGCCACUGCAAGUCGCCGGGCAUAGGUGCACGUACACUGGUGGGUAGCCCCAGUCCUGUCACACUCGGCCACUGCAAAUCGCCUGGCAUAGGUGCACGCAGCGAGGAGGUGCUACCCACCACAGAGUCGCAGCAACCGCCAUCUACCAGUCGAAAAUUAAUCCACCGUCGCUCGCUGUCAGAAGACGUGGGCCUGCUUGUCUUCCCGCCACACACGGCGCCCAGCGACAAGGCUCGCUGCCACUUCCUCAGCGUCGCAUCGCCGCUGAAGCAUGUCGGCGAGGAGAUGGCCCGCGGCGAUCCUCACUACAAGCCAUCCUCGUCGAAGGCCAACCCGUUCACGGCACUCGGCCAGUGCAAGGGUGUCAAGAUCCUCGCCUCGACCAACUCAACCGACCUGUUCUCGUCCUGCUUCGAGUUGCCCUCACCGUCGCCGUUCCGGUCGGCCGAGGAGAAGUCGCUCAACCCGUUCGAGUCGUCGUUUGAAGGCAAAACUAAACUGGACCUACCUUGCAGCCAUAGUCAUCAACAUAGAACGGGGGAUAACUCCCUCAAAAAUGCAGACACAAGGGUGGUUCCUUGUAGGAAAUGUUGUUCUGAAGGUACUGAACUCCCUAAAACAGCAGACCAUGUCCACAUCUGUACUCACCACCAACCGAAAUGUUGUCCUGAAAGUUCAGAUCUUCUUAAAACAACAGAUCAUAUCCACUCAUGCAAUCGCCACCAACAGAAAUGUUGUCCUGAUGGUUCAGAGCCCCUUAAAACCAACCCCAAUCUGCCCUGUAGUAGUCACCAACAGAAGUCUAGUGAUGAUAGUGCAGAAACUCAACCAAAACCAGACCCCAGUGUAAUUGUGGAGCCAGUCGUGAAACCUUCGCACAUUCUCAAAUACAACAAUCAAAAUAGGUGUAAACAAAGACAAUGUGAAACUAGUGAUAGUAAUGUUAGUUGUAAGGAUAGUUGUGAGGAGCGGGAUGGGGCAUCUAGUACAAUGACUAGGAAUAGCUUUACACAAGUGAGAGAGUUGAGGAAGACUGGUGGAGUUAGAGGGAGAGGGUCAACAGCUUCAGAAUCAACAAGAGGGUUGCCAACUUCAGAAUCAACAAGUGAAGGGUUGACAAGUUCGAGCUCAACAACAAGGGACCAGAGAAAGACUGGAGAUGUGUUGAGUAGGGUGGGGCCGAUCGAUUCUAGAAUGUUCUACACGUUUAGAAAGGAGUCGUCAAAGUCACCGGAAACUAUAAGUGAUGACGGGAGAAGAAUGGCAGAGUCAAGAACAGUUACAACAGCAUCAAAAAUAUCCCCUAUGGAAUCCAUAAAUGAUGAUGGAAGAAGGGGGAUGGUAACAUCAACAGAAUCAAAAAUAUCUUCAAUGGAAACAUGUCCAACAGAAUCAAAAAUCCCGAAUGAAUCAAGGGCUUCAAGGAAGAGUGAUGGAGUGGAUGCUGCAAAAGUGAGAGUGUCAUCGUCGAAUGAGGAUGCAAGGUUUGAGAGGACACAUAGUGAACCUUUGGAAUCAUCUAGUGGCUCACCUUCAACAGUUGUUUCAAAACAAUCAGCAGAUGGAGAUGUGGAAGAUGACAAGGAUGUGAGACUGAGUGCAGGUGGCAGUGCUGUGGCUGGUGGCUCAUUUCGUGUGGAGCCGCCAAGGUACUACACCGGCCUCAAGACAAAACCCAUGUCGCUUCCAUCCUCACCAACGUUUUCCAGAAGGAGAAGCACAAUGACAGUCCUGGCCACCGAUCUCUUCACAAGGUUCACCAAGUCACAUCUGUCCAAGUCAUCUGGCGGCUAUGAUGAGUCACUUAGGUUCCUGGGAGCCACAUCAUCACCUCUGCACUACACCGUCCACACAGACCCGCAGAAACGGAUUCCGUCCCUGUUUGCUCACCCGCUGUUCAACAAACCCCAUGGACACCAUCUCCACCACCACCCGGCCGCUUUGAUGAUGGUAGAUGAUGGCAAAUGUGCGCAGUCGGCGUUUCUGCCGCCUCUGCGCACGUGUUCGUCGAGCUCGAAUAUUGGCGCAACUCACCUGGAUGAUCUGCCGACCUCUCCACCAGGCGGCCUCGUGCUUCCGGGCGCUUUCUUCCACCCGGGCCCCGUGGUGCCGGCCGGACAGGGCUUGAGGCGGCGCGGCUCCUGCGAAUCGGGCUUCUUCAGCAAUCUGGGCGAGGAUUUUUGUCUUCCAGGUGUAGAAACAGUGACGGCCUCCUCAGUAACACUCUCCUCGUCGUCGGCCACCUCCUCUCUGUUCCUCGACUCGGGCGCCACUGUCUCCUGCAGCCUGGAGGACAUAGCCACGCCCCUGCGCGGCUGUGGUGGAGGGGGAAUGCUGCACUGUGGUGGCGGUGCGGUGGGAGGGGGAAUGCUGCACUGCGGUGGGGGCGGCGGUGCGGUGGGAGGGGGAGGCAAGCGAUCGUCGUCUGUCUACACGGACAGCAGUGAGGAUGUCAGCAGUCUUGGCGGAAGUGACUUGGCGGCCGCUUGGGAUGAUCGUGCCGCUUCCUUGCAGGCAGCUCCACAGCAAAUCAGCAAAAUCGUCGAGUACUUUGAGCGCAAACAGUCGAAUGUUGCCCUGUCAUCGAGCCGGUGGGACCAUGUGGACCCCAUCUCCUCCUCUUCGUCACACGUGUUCAGCGCCUAUCCACAGCGCCAGUACCACCAACUCAACCAUCGCGAGUACUACCAACUGCGCCGCUGCUAUCUGCAACAGGAGGCCACCAGGAGCAGCAACCUGCUACCAGGCGCCGAUAGGAGCAGCAGCCUGGUACCGACACCAGCAGGUCUCGCAAAUGCCGGCUUUGUGACGUCACACGCGCCGGCGCACAAACGCGGCAUCAAUCAGCGGCUGAUGAUCUGCGAGGGGGCCGUCAGAUCCAAGCUGCCGAUCUUUGAUAAGAAAAUGACUGAUUGAUGGAUGUGGAGUGCAGAUAGAGGCAAGGAUUGAGGGGUGAGAUCAUUGAUUAGUCAAAUUAUUGAUGUUUCCAUAUUUCUCUUCUAAAAGAACUUUAAAAUUAAGAAACCACAUUUCAUAGUAUGUACUAACAGCAAUUUGAUUGGGAAAUGGCUGAUAGAUUGAUAUCCAAUACAAAUAGAAGGAAUGAUAAAGGCUCAACUCACACUUACGCGACUCAGGUCGAGAUGAGACUCGACUCUAAUCGAGAGCAUGUGUUUUCAAAUGGUGACACUCAGACCAGUCGAUUCUAGUCUUCGCGACGUCAACAUUUGAAAAUACAUGCUCUCGACUAGAGUCGAGUCUCUUCUCGACCUGAGUCGCGUAAGUGUGAGUUGAGCCUAAGAGACCAUUUUUCAUAGGAGCAAUUUGAUUAGGAAAUGGCUGAUAGAGUGAUGUCCAAUACAACUAGAAGGAAUGAUUAAGAGGUGAAGUGAUUUUUCUCCAUUCGUAUUGAUUUUUACAUUUGUCUACCGUAAGUUUAAAAAUCAAAGAUUGUCAAACAAUUUUCAUCUAUUCUUAUAGUGCCCCUGUUUUGUGACCAAAAAAUGGUGGAUUGAUGGCUGUUGAAUGAAGCUAUGAGAAAAUAAUUGUUGAGUGUGAUAAUCGAUGAUUCAAAUUCUAAUUUCUAUAUUUUAUGUCUACAAAAAGGAAAAAACUCGAAGAUUGUCAAACCAUUUUGAAUAUAAUCUACUAAUAGUGAUUUGGUUAGAAUAUUGCUGAAUUAUAAAUGUUGAAGGCAGCUAGAAGGAAUGGUUGUCAGGGUGAGAUGAGUGAUUGGUUGAGUUCAAGUUAUGUUGUGGUAUUCUUAUAAAAUAGAAAUUUAAUCAAUGGGUCACAUAGAAAGGAAUAUCUUCUAAAUUGUUAGCUAGUCAUUCAGUAUUGGAAUUAAUUGUAUGGUAUAUAAAUGGAAGAACUUGAAGAUUGUAGGAAUCACUCGUAGUAAAAAGUAAAUUCGUAUGGCUUUUGUUGGUGGGGAGUCCCUUGCGGGAAGGUCCCACCGCCCGAAUAUAUAAUUGAAGCCGUCAAUGGGCCUCAUUCGUAGUGUCCCAGUUUGAUGAAAAAACGGAAAAUCCAUGUCAAAUUCGGAUGAAUUGCAAGUAAUGUUACCUUGCUUGAUGAGAGACGUGGUAUUUGAUGCAUUUACACAAAAUGAAAUGAACAUUGUCGAACCAUUUUCAGUAAUUCCUAAUGAGUUGGAAAACGAAUAGAAUGAACUGCUUCACUAAUAUCUAAAGAUAAUAUAAUAAAUGAAUAACAAAUACAAUAAUAAUUGAAUUUGUGGUUUCAAUUAAUUGUUUAUGUUUGACAAUUUCAAGCUCUUUUAUAUCUAUGAUUGAUUCAUUAAAUUGGUGUCAAUUUGAACCAAUUCAAUCUCUUGUUUUGUAGACAGCUAUAUGUUGUGGUUUUGUGAGACUUACGUUUUGUUGAUAAAAUAGAAGUUUGAUUAAUUGAAUCUUUUCUAAUUAAUGAUUUUAAUAAGAUUGAUGCAGCAGCUACACAAUCAAGAUCUUUACAUUAUGAUUACAUACUUGAGUCAAGUAAGUCUUGGGAAGCUAUGAACAGAACUUGAGGAUUGCAAUACCCGAGUUAGACUUGAGAAAGCCGUAUAUACUUUGGGUCGAGUAGUUUCCGUCAGAUAAGUUCUCUAACAAACUAUUUACAAUAAACGGGUAUCUAUUCUAUUUAUUUUCACUAUUUUAUUUGUUAUUUCCCUAUUUAUUUACUAAAAAUAAGAGUUUUUAAUGAACAAAUAUAGAGAAUCUAUGCGGGUUACAAUCCUAAUUUUGAAGCAUUUAAGCUUCAACCCCUACAUUUUUGAAGCUUGGAGGUUGUAAACCGUCUUCUAUAAACUGAAUUGAAUCCUAUUAAGAUCUUGUUUUCCCGAAUCAAUUGAUUCAUGAUGAUAUUAUUAGUUCGUUUACUCAGUUCCUAUUAUUUUCUUCGGUCAAAAAUGUUUUGAAAGGUUUCCUUAACAAUGGAACUUUUUUAAAAGUUCAGUCUCUAUCAUUUUGUUAUUUUGCUUUUGUCUCAAACUAUUCGUUUGAUUAAAAUGCUUUAUAAUAAUAUUAACUUGGAAUGUGAUCAAAUUUAGCAUAUUAAUGAGAGAUAUGUUCCGUUUGAAAAAACAUGGAAAGUAAUAACGAUUUUAUUUCUAAUCUAUUGUCAAUCAAUUACAGAAAAAGUGAUCAAAUCCGGUGUAUAUUGAUCGGGAAAAACUCUGUUCAAAAAUGUAUUUAUCCGAGCAACAACUAAGAACACUGAAAUUAAUAUGGGGCUUUAGUGGUUGUAAUUAUCAAUUUCAAAAACGAAUGCUAAUAAAUUGAGAUUUAGAAAUAGAUGAAGUUUGAAUAUUCAGGGAGAUGAUAAGUAAUAGCAUUGUAAUUUUGAUAGAUGAAUCGUGAAUGUUGUGUUUUAAUGUAAGAUGAUGCUCAAGAUAUUGAUGUGAAAUUGCCGAUUUUGCUCGGAUUACGAGAACGUGGUAAAGUCCAAUAGAUAAUUAUUAUUAAAAUUGAAGUUAGAUAUGUAUGAAUGAGAAAUAAGAAUAGUUUUUUUGGAAGAGGGAUUGAAUUAAUAAUUAUUUUAAUCCCUUACUCACGAGUUGUAUACUAGUUAAUCAAAAUUAGAAGAUGCCUCAAGGAACUUUUAAUAUUUUUGUCUUUAAUAAUUAUAGUAUUUAUGAGAAAAACGUUCGUAUUUUUCGAAAAAUAAUUCAACAUUUAUUCUAUUAGAAAACUUAACUUCAAUGUUCAUGCUCCUUUGUUGACUGUUAAUAAGCUCAAUAAAUAUUUGCAAUCGUUAGCAAUAUCCUAAAAAUAUUUCAGGGAAAUUAUUGUGUCUAUGAUUACUGAAAGCAAUGAAUUGUAUUCGAUUUAGGGUAAAACAAACUUCUACCACCUGCCAGAAUUUAUUUUUAAAACUGAUUUAUUGGCACUCACCUAGUGGUGCGGAGCCCACCUAAAUGCACCGUCAUAAAAGAGCACCCAUUAGGGCCUCUUACCAAAGAAUAUUGUAAAUUUUUCCAAUUUUUAGAGUCCUUCAAAAUAAAAGAUUAAAUUAGUUUGGUUGUAAUGUUUAAUAAUACAUGUCCCUCUUUUUGAAUAACUCUUCUGGUCUAGUAUUAACAUUGUUUUAUAAUUAUGUAAUAUGAAAUCUCUAUUUCCUAGCUCUUCCUUCAUGGUAUAUAAUAUUUCAAGUUACCUAAUUGUUUCUAAGAAACUGAAGUAUACCAAUUGAUGUAUAAAUUUAUAAAACUUCAACAUUUUCAAAUCCAUGUGGUAUUCAAAUCAAUCCUUGAUUCAUUAUUUUUUCAUAAUUUUCAUUUUUCUCUCAUCCUUACUAGUAAACAUUCAUAAUAACACCCUUCCCUCAAAAAUUAUGAAUCCCUUGAACUCAUUCAUAAAAUCUCUGCUGUUGCAUCUGAACAAUCUAGAUUUGAAUUCAACCAAAUGCAAGAUUGAAAAUCUCCGAAAUAUUACUAUUGUAUUUACUUGAAAAUCGUGAAUUUUAGUCAUCGUGUGUAAAAGAAAAGCUUGAAAGAACAAAAAUGAAGCGAAUAAGGUUACUGUAUGUUUAGAUUAGAAAGACUGAUUGAUUAAAACAAAACUAAUAUUUUGAUAGAAAAAAGGAUAUCACAGUAUUGUUUGAAUAUUUUAAAACAAAAAUUCAAUGUGCAAUUGAUGUUAAUUUUAAUCUAAUACUAGAUGAACAAAGAUCAAAUAUACUCUAUAAUAUUACAAUUUUAUUAUGUCAAGUCAGGAAUGUAAACUUGAUAUUCGUAAUAAGAUAAUACUCAUGAGAGAUGUGUAAAGUAUUCUUAGUAUAAAUUUUUAAGUUAGCCGAUUAGCUCUUGCAAUAAAUCAUAUUGUUGGGUGAGACAUGUAAGGUAUGUGUAUAAAUGUAAAGAAUCACUUUUUCAUUACCAAAAAUCAAUAAAAUCAAUUUAUAUCCUAAGUAAUAAUUGUCUGUAAAUAUUGUUGAUGAUUAUUAUUCUGUAUAGGUAUUAUCAUACUUUUUAUUCAAAUAGAGUGUGAGAAUGUGUGUGUGUGUGUAUGUGUUUGGGAUCUAAUACUUGAGUGUAAACGGUUGUAAGUAAUCUAAUGUACGUAAGUUUUCAUAUCAUAAUUGUUUUAUGAUUAUGAUUUUCGUAUUCUGAUGUUCCUAUAUUUCGUCAAGUUUUGAUGGUAUCUUUUAUCCUUGAAUGAUUUUAAAGUGGGUUUGUUAGUGAGGUUUCAAAUAUGUUUUAUAAAACUAUGAUUUUAUUACAACGAAUACUCACAAAUAGUUGCUAGUUUUUCUCUAUGCAGCUCAAAACGAUAAUACAAGCAGUGUCUUAUUUGAUUUACUCUGAUAUUGAAGUGUAUUUUUGUGUUUCGCCUCUCAAAAGAUUAACUAAAAUUAUCGUAAGAGUAUAUAUGUUUGAACAGGAAGUAUAGGUUUACUAAAGUUUCAAAGCAUCCGUUUAUUCUAUAACUAAAAUUAUCGUAAGAGUAUACAUGUUUGAACAGGAAGUAUAGGUUUACUAAAGUUUUAAGGCAUCCGUUUAUUCUAAAGAACUCUUGAAUGGUGAGGACUUUUAUUAGAUUAUCGUGUAUUUGGCAGAAUUAAAACUACACGAUGACAUCCUCUAAAACAAUUAAGCAGUUGUUACUGUACAACAAAAAUACAAAUUCCAACGUAUUAAAUUACAGUAAAUGUUCCUGCUCCUUGAAUAAAUUUAAAGGUUUAUAGGAUGAUAUUCAUGUUGACUAAAGAAUAUUUUUUUCUAAUACAUUUCGUGUUGAAAUGCUUUAGCUUUGAAACCUCACUAUCAAUUCUUGUAUAAUUUGUUUUCCUCCUAUCCUAUCCUAUCUUAUCACGAAUAUAUUAUUUUUUCACCUUGGACGUAAUACCUCACAUUACAAAGAUUCCUAGGGAUCAUCUAUAUUAAUUAUUAUUGAUAUUCUCAAAUAUCUGAUAUUCAGAUAAAAUAAACUAUCAUUCACACACUACACCAAUUAUAUUAAAAAUAAAUAGUAUUUUCUGCGGGUUAUUGUAAGUGUAUCAGGUUUUGUCUUCCAUUCUUAAAUUGAGAUUUUAAUUACGUGCAUUUUAUUCAAUUUUUUGUUUUCUUGAAAGAAAAGUCAGGAAAUAGGACGGUAUUUAAUAAUUUUUCAGGAAAAUUGUACACAAUGACAAUGAAUGAAAAAUAGCCGAUUGGACGUAAUUCUCCAGAAAUUUUUCAAUGUAAUUCCUGGUCGAAAAUGUGUAUUUAUGUAAGUUACUGUACAUUAAGUUGAUAGAAAAAGAAUAUAAUUUCUGAAACCCUUUUAUGUUCAUAGUAAUAUAUGUUUUUUUAAAUUAACUUGGAGGUAAAUAUUAUCCUAAAUCAAAAUAUAAUUCAACCUCUACUAGAAAAGUGAAUAUUUCAUUUUUCCAGGAUGUAUCCAAGGAUGAUAUUUAAUUUCAUUCGAAUUUCUCCAAGCAUUCUACAUUCUUGAAGGUAUUGUAAUUUCUAUUCAUGUUUUCCUAUCAAUGCGUUUGUGAAAAAUGUUUGCAUUUAAUUAUAUAUAUUGAAUUUGUUAUUACUGUUGAUAAUUUAUUAGUAUUACAAUUAUAUAUAUGUUUAUUAUAUUAGAACACAAAUUCGAAGAGAUGAAUUUUCACAAGUCAAGUAUGGUUUCAAAUAAUACAAAGUAUUUCAAUCAAUUAAUUUUGUUUUUUGUUGAGUAUUAUUAUAAAUGUUAUUUUAUAAAAUUA